AUGGGCCGAGGACGGAUCCGCAGCCGGGAAGGGCUUCACCGGGGAGCCACACAGUCCCGCGUGGCUUGGGCUGACCCAUACAUCCUCAGGCUUGCUUCGGCCAAAUACCUUUGCCUGCCAUGUGGAGAAGAGACAGGUGGGAUGAAGAAUAAGCACUACUGGGCUUCAGUUCACUGGGGCAGCCAGGAAGGCUGGAUAGGUUCAGCAAAUACUGGCGAAUGGAUGAUGGGAGGCCUGGCUUGGGCUGAGGUUACCGCGAGAGUCCAUGCCCAACGUAGCCUGGGCACAUGCCAAGACGCGGCUUGGAUAAGGGAAGCACUGGGAGUCGCGGCUGCACCGCUCGAGAAGGAAAGCACUGGAAGAUGGAGUGACCGCGUCUGCUACCUGGAGAAGAUGCGCCCGAGCCGCAGACUGCCCGGGAAGCCAAAGUUCAGGGGCCACGCAAAGCCCGUGAACCCUGCGAGGGAAGGCGUAUCGGUGGAGCCAGACACCCAUGGCCUAGCCAGUGCGAACAGCACUGCUGAGCCCAAGAGAGAGAGCCUGGUCGUGCUGCUCAGCGACUUCUACUAUGGGCAGCAGGGGGCGGCACGUCCACCGGAGCAGAAGACUCACACCGUCUUUAAGUGCCUCGGCUGCGCCAAGGUCCUCAAAAACGUGAAGUUCAUGAAUCACAUGAAGCACCACCUGGACCUGGAGAAGCAGAGGAGCGACGGCUGGGAGAGCCACGCUGUCUGCCCGCACUGCCACCGGCCGUUCCCCUUGCCCUCCCAGCAGCAGCGGCACGUGGAGAGCGUGCACACAGCCCCCGGGCCCGCGGCCGUCUGCCGCAUCUGCAAGCUGGCCUUCCAAACCGACCGCGCCCUCCUGGAGCACAUGCGGACCAGCCACAAGCCCGGCGAGAUGCCCUACAUGUGCCAGGCCUGGGGCUACUGCUCGUUGGUCUUCGCGACUAGACAUACACUCCGAGCGUGCCACGAGAAUACCAAGAACCUGCUCUGCCCUUUCUGCCUCAAAAUUUUCAAGACUGCACCUACAUGUGCCUACAUGUGCCACUACCGCGGGCACUGGGAAAGGAGCGUCCACCACUGCUCCAAGUGCCACCUCCAGUUCCUGACCUUCAAGGAGAAGAUGGAUUACAAGACUCAGCACCACCAGACAGUCAGGCAGCCCGGGCAGCUGAAGGGGCUUCCCCCCCCCCCUGCCCCCGGACGAGGGUCUGAUCCAGGUAGCCCUGGGGCCCAGGGUACGACUGACAAGGAGCCUUCGCCCCGCCCCACCCCCCCACCCCAGCCUAAGGGCAGAAGCUCAAAACACCUGCCCCGAUUCCAGGUCCAGUAA